UACAACACAGUGUUGUCAGCUAGAAUUUUACUACACACCAUGAACGAUCAGGACUAUGCCACAUACUUUUGUCGCCAUCCAGCAGUUUUACGCAAACUUUCUGGAAUGUGAUAUCUGUAUAGUAAAGCAAGGUCAGAAUUGAGGUGUCUAUACUAUGAGCAGAAGAGAGACAAGGACAAAACGUGGACGAUCGGGCAGCCCUCAAACAGGUUUCAGGUCUGCCAGUACAGGAAGAGGAAAGAAAAGGGCUGGCCAGAAUCAAGAAGAUCUAGCUGAGAAAAUAGAUGAAGAAGUGAAAGACGCCAGGUCAGAUCAGGGAACCAGUGCUGCUGUGGGUAGUGGGGUCCCUAAAGGGAAAACUGGAAAAAGUGUAAAAUCAGUUGAGGAAGGUAAAACUAAGGAAACGGAGGGGUCAUUUCAGCAGCCGUUACCACCACCUCCAUCACUGCCUCCUCCAAGUCCUAAAUCUGAGGUCUUACCAACAAUGCAACGGAAGAGCUCAGAUGGUUCAAAUCACCCUAGUGAUACUGGUAUGAAAACUCCAACAGAAGAGAAAUUAAUUGCUAUUCCACCAAAGAAAAGAAAGAGUAAUGAUAUGGAAAAAGAAACAAUGCCACCCUCUAAACGACCUCUAAUUGACUUCAGUGAAUGGAUAAAUCAGAGAGUUCUAGCGAGACGUGAUGGAGUUUAUCAGCCAGGUGUUAUAAGAGAUAUCAAGAACAAUCGUCACAUAGGAAUAUUAUUUGACAGUGAUAAGAAUAUAGUGUAUUAUAAUGAUGUUGCUGACCAGAGGAACUUCUAUGACAUCAUCAGUGAUCAUAGUCCUAUGGCUAUUAUGUUAGGUGUAGGUUCACGUGUCUGUGUACGAACUCAUCCUGAGGAAAAGGUGUAUCAUGAAGGUCAGAUGGUGGCUAAACGUAGCCAUCAAAUAGGUUACAGAGUUAGAACUAGAGAUAGUAAAUAUGAUGAUUGGGUAUCCAGGGCAAGUCUAAGACUUCUACAGCCACCAUGGUAUGAAGAUUUAGAAGAAGGAAUUCCAGAGCAAGAGACUCCGCCUCCACCACAAUUUAUAUCGACACCCAUUUCUGUACAAGUUCCAGUACAACCCCAGCCUCCACACAUGGCACAUCAUUCUGAAAUAUCUCCGUCCAGUGUACAACGAUUUGAACGAUCUCCAUCUUUGCCUCAAAGUACAAGUAAUGAAAGAGGUGAUUCAUCAGAAGAUGAAAUGAAAAGUGAAGAUUUCUUUGAUUCCUCAGGAUUAAGUACGCCUAGGUCUGGAAGCGCAACACCUGGGUCAGGGUCAAGGUCACAAGGAAAUAGACAGCCACCAAAGAAGCGAGAAUCAGCAAGAAGUCGUAGUGCUCAGUCUGGCGAGAGUAGUAGAUCCAGUACACCUAGGUCACCCUCUACAUCACAGAAAUAUAAAAAAGGCGAUGUAGUUUCUACUCCAAAUGGAAUUAGAAAAAAAUUCAACGGCAAACAGUGGAGAAGACUUUGUUCAAAGGAGGGAUGCACAAAAGAAUCUCAAAGGCGUGGUUAUUGUUCUAGACACUUAUCAAUGAAAGGACAAAAGAAUGGGCGAGGUUAUCCAGGUAAAGGAGAUGAUGGACAGAUUGACUGGGAGACCCAGUCUAAUAGGGAUAGUGAAUAUGACACAUCAGCCACACCUGUACGCUGUGAUGAAGCAGAGGCAGCAAAUAUGUUAUUAUCUCUGGGAAAUUCUCGAUCAACAACGCCUGCCUACUCACCCACACCUAUGCAGAAUCCGCUAUCGCCCUUAACAGGAAGUGGACCAUCGCCUUCAACAGGAGGAAGAAAUUCUGUAUCAUUCACUCCUAUAUCUCCACUUCCGAGGUCACAUGCACAGGUUUAUAUGAAUUCUCCAACCAGAAGUUGGAGCUCAAAGUCGGGUAGUUCCUCAUCAGAGCAUGUUUCCCCUAUUACUCCGAGGUUUCCUUCAGGGUCUAAUGCCUUAGGGAUGAUGCAGCCUCAUUCAUUAGAACAUUUAUAUCAGAAAAGUACUAAUCUUUCAAAGCAGGAUUCAUUACGAAGUGAAGAUUCUGGUAUUGACAUUCACACACCCACUGGUCCAGGUUCUCAGAGAAGUCUGCCUUUUAGUGCUUACCCAAGUCCAUUACAACAACAACAGAGAAUGGCAAGUUUAUCUAACAUGCCCAUGCAAGAGAUUCAGAAUAGAAUCAAAUCAACUCAGAGCCACUCGCUCAGUUCAAUGCCUUCUCCUAAAUCUGUACAGGAUAGACAAGCAGAGAAAACAUAUCAUCAGUUACGCAAUGUGCCAUUCGCUAUUAAUAACAGUCAGGUGACAAGGGAUGUCACCUCAAACAAUCAUCACAUGGUCAAUGUUGCUAUAACAACUAUGGCUACACUUAAAAGUUUGAUUAGUGCUAGUCCUAUGAGGACACAAUCUUCAAUUAGCCCAGACCCUAAAACUGUAUAUGUUAACAAUCACAGCCAUGCUGGAAAGCCACAGAAGGUUUCCAUUAUACAGCAACAGUUACAACAGAUUACACCGAUGUCAUCAAUGAUAUCAGCACCUGUCACCUCAUUAUUACCUGUCAUGCCUGUCACCGAUGGUCCACAGAAAGUACAACAAAUUACAGACAUUUCUACAGGGGAAAAUACAAAUAAACCAGUGCCAGUGUUUCCAUGGCAUUCACUGGUUCCCUUUCUGACAAAUACGGGACCUACCAGUGCAAAAAUGGCUCCACCUAUGGAACCAGUACAUCAGCCAGCAGAGGCCCAGUUGAAAAGACUGUCACCUGCACCAUCAUCACAGAAGACCAAUCAGAAUGAACAUCACCAUAGUAUAUCUGAAGCAGGUCCAGUUUUAGAAGAAGAUGACAAUGAAGACUAUGAUGACGAUGUGUUUGAUACCAACGAGAAACUUCCUGUACAGUCAGAAUCACCACAGGCUGAUGUCACAGACAAAGCAACAGGCAAAAAAGAUAGUAAAGCAGUAGCUAAAAGAAGGACACAAUCUCUCAGUGAUUUGAAAAACAAAGAUGAACCUAAAAGUCCUAGAAAAACAAAAGACAAAGACCACAUCAGAAGACCAAUGAAUGCCUUUAUGAUAUUUAGCAAGCGUCACCGACAUUUAGUACAUCAGAGACACCCUAAUCAAGACAACAGAACUGUUAGUAAAAUUCUGGGAGAGUGGUGGUAUGCCUUAGGACCAAAAGAGAAACAGAAAUACCAUGAUCUAGCUUAUCAGGUGAAAGAGGCCCACUUCAAAGCCCAUCCAGACUGGAAGUGGUGUUCAAGGGAGCGUAAGAAGUCCAGUACCAUUGCUGAGAAAUUAAAACAGCGUAGUAGUACAAGUCGUAUUGAUGAUGAUGUCUUUGAAGAAGAAGAGACUGUAGAAGGUUUACCUGAUGUAGACAUGGCAGAGGAUGAAGAUCUCAAUAAAGAAUUAUCAUUGUUUGAAAUAAAAAGGGGAAGAUCGCAGAGUUUAUCAGCAGUGCCACAGGAUGGAGAUACAAGAUCAGCAUUCUUUCCUGCUAGUCAGACUGGAGAGGACAGACAGAAAUUUGCUGAGGCAUUGAAAAGACAGUUGUCUCAAACAUUUGGGGAACAGGAUUACCAUCAAUCUGAGGAUGCCUGUCAUCCUCCUCAACCAAUGAUGCAGCCACAACACCUACCUAGGCCACGCCCACGGUACCAGUCCGUUACCAGACAACAGGAUCAAGAGGAACCAGUCAGUGAUGAUGAAAGAAUGGUGAUAGAUGAAUCGAACAAAGAGGCUGAAGGCAAUGAAAGUGAGAAUGAGGCUAGUGACCUAAUUUGCAAGGAGCAUGUGUCUGAUAGUGAAACUGACAGUCAAACAGAAGAAGACAACCUCAUUGAAAACAAAGCGUUUCCACAGCAACGAUUUUCACCUGUUAAACAUAUCAAUCCCGCAGACAUCACAUACCGUCCGACUCCUAUACGCAAAAUACCUGAAUCUCCGGUCAAAACACCAACAAGAUCAGUGGGUAAUGUGGAAGUGGAUCAACUAAUUCCACGUCCUUCAAGUGUUGGAUCUAGUUUUCAACCAACAGGGGCAGUUUUCCGUGCCAAAGUUAAACCCAAUCGUAAUAUGUCUAUUGGUAGUAUGCAGGAAUUAAAGCAAAACUCGCGCAUUCAAAUUACCCAGCAUCCAACUGUCAAAAUGGGGCAGAUGAAAAUUCAUAAUAUAACAAUGACAACAAAGCCUAAUGAACAAAUCUUAAUGUCUUCUAAUACAGAAACAAUACUUGGUGAUCAAAAUGGGCAGGGAGCAAUGAUGAGAAAAACAUCGCAAAAAAUGAGAGGAAAACCUGCUCCCAUACAUCAGAAUGUGUCCAUGGGUGUCAACAGUGGUAAUAUGUUCCCUGUUACCUCCAGUAAUAUACAAAUCGUUAAUUCUAACCAGACGUAUAUAACUAAUGCUCAUUAUGCCAUCAGUACAGUAGCCUCUACUUUUUCCACUAUGGGUAAACCCAUUUCAACUCCUGUACCAAUAGCCUCGAAGCCUAUUGUGUCAAUGCAGCAGGGUGCCAUGUUAAAACCUACAACCCUACCUGGGAUGAAUCUUCAGCAACAGCAAGCUCUAUAUCAAAAUUCACAGAACAAUGGUACGAUUGUCUUACAGCCUUCCAAUCAGCAGUAUGGCAUGACCAUCCUGAACUCUGCAAUGCCUAAAACAUCGGCUAUUCAGACCAGUAUGGGAGGAGGUUAUAUCACAACUUUACGUAACAUUGCUCCUCCACAGAACCACCUAGCCCAACAGCCACACACACCUACACAUAGUGUAGCUCCACAGACUGUUUUAACAAAUGUUGUACUUAAAACAACUCAGCAACAGAUGGCAGCACCUCUGACUGUGCAGACAUCUCAGUAUCAACAACACCAGGCAUUUACUCAGGCAAAUCUACAGCCAGCACAACUUCAAUAUAUCCUGCCGUCAGUCAGGGUGGCUCCUUCUAGUGGAGGCAAAGUUCAGAAUAUUUUACAAAUGGCUCUGCCAGGGACACCAGUACAGCAAAGUAACAUUCAGUUAACCUUUACAGGGAACCAGUCACCACUUCCUCAACAUUCACCAUCCCCACAUUCAGCACAGACUGGUAAAUUUCAAAUUGCAUCAGGAACGACAGGAUUGAGAUUAGUAGGACAGCAAGGAAAAGUUUAUCAACAGGCAAAUCUCAUGUCUCCAAAUCCUAAUCUAAAUUCACCUAUCUUACUGAAUACCAUGGCCAAUAAACAGCAGACAGUUCUCACACAGUUCCCAGCUCUUAAUCAAGGUGUUGCUAAUGUAAUGGCCACGCCCUUGACAACAGUAUCCUUAGCUCAGCCAGUAGUCUCUCUUGGGGCUCUUCAACAACAGCAGGCACUACAUACACAUCAGUCCUUACCGACACAUAUACAGAUACAGCAAGGAACCCAACAACAAAUAUUCCAGCAGCCAACAACACCACAGAAAAUACUGUUAACUUCUACUCCUAAGUCACAUGAUACUGUACAAACAAUAAACAAUGUAACCAUGGUAGCAGGAUCCCCAUCUCCAGUAUCUAAGAGUAUUAGUUCUCCUGCAUAUGCAUAUGUUGGUUCUAUACAACAAGGUUCACAAGGAGCAGUGCAACAAGUUUUGAUACAACCUCAGGCAACAAGAUCAACGGCACCAAGUCCAGGGGUUAGCCAACAUAAUAUAGCCCCCAAACCUAUGACACAACAAACAGUUCAAAGUCCACCUCAGAGUCAAUAUCAAGGGACUUUUAAGUCACCAAAUUCAAUGACCACUGAGGCCAAAGGUGACAUAGGUUACAUUUCAGGUGGUAAUCAGAAAUCUCACAAGAUAAAGGCCACCAUUGCCACUAUACCUGUUGCCACAGAAAGUUUACAAGUGACCACAACCAUUCCAGCAUCACGGAUGAAUUCACAUGUACAGAGUCCAAGGCUCUCACCUGUCCAGCAGUAUGGUAGACCACAGCAGUAUGGCAUGCAGCAUAAACCAACAAGACCUUCACCUCUUGUCCUGACCUCUGAACCUUCAGAGGUCAGAGAUCAGAGCUAUGAUAAAAAAGAAGAGUUAAUUCAAAAUUCAGAUGUAAAGCCACAGAGGGCAUGUAAAGGAAAGAAAUACAAAGAACUUGUUGAACAAGGUGGCAUAAGGAAAGAGAGAAAAUCAUCUAAGGGCAGUACUGAUUCGAGUGAGGAGAAAUCUCCUACACAGAUGAAGCCUCUACAAGAUCCUCCUGAUCCUGCCUCUCUACUGACAGAUCAAACCUCUGAGCCUACAACAACAAGUGAAACAAAGACUGUAACAUUUAGUACUUCUCCUAGUAUAUGUAUGCCUGCUCCACUCACAACGACCAUGCCAACAGCUGCAGACGGCAAGCCUCCGGAAAGCCCAAGGAAGACAAAGAUCAAGCCACCACCAUUACCUGUCAAUGUUUUACAGUGUGCCUCAUCAAUACAGUCCCCAAGCAGUACCAAUAGUCCAAGGAGGGUAACAUUCAAAAAGUCAGUGCUAGAUGGCAUGGAAAAAGUGCUAGAAAGAGUUGAUUUUGACAGAAGAUUUGAACAACUACCACAGUUUGUUCCAGAAAGUACAGAUAUGUCCUCUCCAUUACCGCAGAGUCCCAGGGGUAUAAUUAGUAACUACAGGAAGAGGGGCAGAAAGGUGUCAUCUCUAGCUUCAGGUGAACUGACUCCCAAAGAUAUAGAAUUGUAUGAAGGACAAUCUCCAAGUUACAAGAAAGUGUCCAGUGAGUCAGAAGGAACACCAAUGGGAACUCCAUUAGGAACACCUUUAGGAACACCUAUGGGAACACCUUUAGGGACACCAAUGGGAACACCGUUAGGGACACCUCGCACACCGAUGACAGGAACGCCUAGAAGUGCUAGAUUUAAUGAUGAUAAUAUGUUCUUUGGUAAAAGUUUCAACCUGGAAACUUUGGCAGAUACUGCAGUUUUGACCAAACCUGAUGAGUUUGGUGAUGGUAGUUUAGGUUCACCAAGGACACCUAAGACACCAAGUUCUCCAGGACAGUUUUCCUCGUUGAGAAGAAUUCUGGAUCAGAGAAGACAGCUUGUUAUGCAACUGUUUGAGGAAUAUGGACUGUUUCCCUCAGCACAAGCAACAGCCUCAUUUCAAGCAGAGCAUGCAAGUAUAUUCCCGACCAAAACUUGUCUACAGUUAAAGAUACGAGAAGUGAGACAAAAAAUGAUGGCUCAAUCAGCAGCAGUAGAGAGGGCAGCUACAGGGGAGGAUUCUAAUUCAAUAGGAAGUACUGGCAGCAAUCAAGGCGGAGAUAACUCGGGACAGGGUCAGUCAGAAUGAUGUUGAGAAAGAUAACUCUGGGCAGGCCCAGUCAGAAUGAUGGCAGCAUUUUUGGAGAGAAUUCAAAGAGGCAGGUCCUUUUUGGAAUGAAAUGUAUUUUAAUUUUAAAAUAUAAUAUUUGUUACUUUAGAUUUUAGUUGUUGUAAGUUGUGUAUAAAGAUAAGAACACUUGUAAAUAUGUACAUAGUUGCAGAACAAACAGUAUAUAUAUUCUGUCUUGUAAAUGAAAAGCAAUGAUUAUUCUUGGGUACUAACUUUAUUUAAAUAUCAGACUUAUGUUACAACGUUCACAUAUAAAUCUCAGACUUAUGUUACAACGUUCACAUAUAAAUCUCAGACUUAUAUUACAACGUUCACAUAUAAAUCUCAGACUUAUGUUACAACGUUCACAUAUAAAUCUCAGACUUAUGUUACAACGUUCACAUAUAAAUCUCAGACUUAUGUUACAACGUUCACAUAUAAAUCUCAGACUUAUGUUACAACGUUCACAUAUAAAUCUCAGACUUAUGUUACAAUGUUCACAUAUAAAUCUAAGACUUAUGUUACAACGUUCACAUAUAAAUCUAAGACUUAUGUUACAAUGUUCACAUAUAAAUCUCAGACUAUGCUAGAAUGGUUGCUGAAAUCUUCACGGUUUAUGAUUAUGGAGUUGUAUUGAGUUUGAGGUAUUCAAGACAAAAUGGCUGAUAUAGUUAAUAAUGCAAUGAUUUGAACAAAUAUUUGGUUGAAAGUAAUUUAAUGACUAAGUUAUUUAGGCUAAUAAAACUUAAAGUUUUUAUUUGAA